CUCAUCCUCCUCCUCCUCCGCACUGCACCCACCAACCUGCAGGCAACCCGAGAAGUUCCCAGAGCCACCCGGCAACUUCUGUACGUCCACUCCGCAGAGAGACCGGGCAGAACCGCGUGUUACGAAGUACGAGGCGACACCAGAGUAAUACUAGUAUAACUUGGUCUGACGGUAAAGACGGGCGCCUGAAGUCACUUUGGAUCAGAUCAGAAGAGGAGCAUUUCCCCGCUGUAACAGCAGGUUAAAAGCAAAACUAUGCCUCAGAAACACAAGUCCAAGUCGUGGACGGAGCUAAAACAGGCCGGUAAUGAGAACUUCAAGAUGGGUCAGUAUGGAGAAGCUACCAGCCUGUACAGCCAGGCCAUCAGGGAGCUGGAAAAGUCUGGUAACAAGAACCCAGAAGACUUAGGCAUUUUGUACUCAAACCGGGCAGCCAGCUACCUGAAGGACGGCAGCUGUGCAGAAUGUGUGAAGGACUGUGAAAUGUCCCUGGAGUUGUACCCGUUCAAUGUGAAGUCUUUGCUUCGGCGUGCCGCUGCCUAUGAAGCUCUGGAGCGCUACAGGCAGGCGUACAUCGAUUACAAAACCGUUCUGCAGAUCGACUUCAACAUAGUGUCUGCUCACGACGGCACCAACAGGAUGACGAAGGCGCUCACAGAGGCAGACGGCCCUUCGUGGAGAGAGAAACUUCCUCCAAUUCCAACUGUCCCGCUGGCCGUGAGGGAAAAGCUUGCCCAGCAAGCCGGAGCCAGCGCCAUGCCCCCGAAAGCUGCACCGCUGCAGAAUGGCAUCAAGCAAACCAACAAACCUGCACCAAGUGACAAAGAGCUAAAGAAAGCCCAGAUGCUGAAGGAGGAAGGCAACGCUCUGGUUAAGAAGGGAGAGCACAGGAAGGCCAUCGAGAAGUACAGCCAGAGCCUCAAACACAAUGCCAGCGAGGUGACGACGUACACCAACAGGGCGCUAUGUUACCUGUCGGUGAAGCAGUACAGAGACGCCAUCAAGGACUGCGACGAGGCUCUGAGGAUUGAUGGAAGCAACAUAAAGGCUCUCUACAGGAGGGCGCAGGCCCACAAAGAGCUCAAGGACGUGAAAGCCUGCGUGGACGACCUGAACAAUCUGCUGAAGGUGGAACCGAAGAACUCGGCUGCUGGGAAGAUGCUGCAGGAGGUGCAGAAGAGGAAGUGAAAGCACACGGGAGUGACGCUGCAGCCAGCCGGCUGCACGAUUCCGCUGCUUUCAUCUGUUUACUCAAAGAAACACGAGCUCAGCCCAAGAUGCUUCUGGAAAGAGCAGCUCCACAUGAUCGGUCUCUAGUAACCGAGGUGGACUGAAGCACUUGCGAUUUAAGAGUUUGUCACUUUCAAUUAUUUAUGCUUAUUUAUGUGAGCUGAGAGAAAAAACAAACGUUAUCACCUUCUGUUCAAACACGUGAAUCUGGUCCCAGGCAGACUAAAAGUCACCCAACAGUUCAACAAGUUAACAAAUCAGUACUCUAUUAUUUAUUUUAGUGACACAAAGGAUGUUUGGUUGUUUGUUGGAAACAAUCUUAUUUCUGACCCCACAAAGUCAUAAUUAGAAAACAAAACAUGAAGGUGAUCAUUCUGAACAGAGAAAGCAAUAAACCACAGCCGUCAUCGUUUUCCAAAAUAAAACUCCCUUUCCUCACCUGUGACGCAUGCAGGUGUCCCCCACCUCUCGCCUGGAGGCACCAGAGUUUACUCACAUAACCUGUUGGUGGUCAUAAGGGCCUGUUUGGUGUUUAAUGACCCGUUUUGUUUGUUUUGCACUCGGGUAGUUUUUUUUUUGUUCUCAGUGAAUUUUCUGUUUGGGCAUCUGGCAGAAGAUGUAGAUUUCUUUAAACAUAAGUUUGUUUCCACUGGAAAUCUGCAUAUUUCUUGAACUAUUUCAAUAUUGUGAAGUUUGAUAGAGGAAGUGGAGUCUCGUGCUGACAGAUUAAUCUGGUCUGGGAUCAGUUCCCCGGCUGUUUAAACGUCCUCACGUGGGUUCGUACAAAGCUCUGUCUCUCGGCCAUCUUGUUCUUUUUAUCGUAAGUAAGUCUUUUAUUACGGAUCCUGUUGUAGCUUUACAUCACCACCAUACCUGAAGUGCCUGCCUUUGUUUCCAUCUGCUGCUCGGAAUUAGGGUCUGCAAAAUAAAAAAGUAAAACACA